AUGUACACAGAAGGCUCCCAAACAGGACACCACCGAUUUCUUCAGCACACCCACCCUCCCUGCCCCUGCCAGCACUGCAUCUACCAUGAGCAGCCAUAUAAGUAUCACCGAGGGUCCGGAUCCCACCCAACAUCAGCCAGACAGACGGACCACUCAUCGUCAGACUGCUGGAGAGACAUCCAGGCUCCUCAGGGUAAAGACGUAGGAGGCAGAGCUUUCUUAGUGGACAGAGUUGAGAGAAGCGGUCAACUCAGCCCACAGAGGAGGCCUGUGUGCACAGGGCCGGGCCUCUACUGCCACUCGGAUGACUUCAACCAAGUGUGCCCCUGGGAACUGAACCCUGCCCAGUGGAGCGACCCAGAGGAGCCUGGGGUGAGACACUAUUCAUCUGUGAGACAACGGUGUGGCUGUGUGGUGCACGACGACAGAACACCUCUCUUCCACCCUGGAAUUCCACACCCUCUCCCUCAUCUUCAGGUCAAAGGUCAAGGGUACAGACGGAGGACUGUCAGGUAUAUCUCUGUGGAUGAAGAGGGAGGCUGCAGAUGCACUUCUGACAGCUCUCAUUUGAAACCACACAGCAACCCGGGUCAUUUUCACAUGACAAAUGGCCACUCGGGACCAAGGCGUGUGUUCUUUAAGGAAGAGGAGGAAAGAGAUAACUAUCAGGACCAGGGUAAGCUAAAGGGUGGACCAGAAGAUGGGUUUGAUUAUUGCAGUGGGUCUGAAAAAAGCUUCUUCUCCACGGAAGUCCCACAAAAACGCUUGAGCCAAAGAAGACAGAAGGGAUCCUCCGUCACUCCUUCCACCAUCACCUGCUCGGAAAUCUCCAAACCGAUAACCAAUCAUGAGCACCAGCGUCAGGGUGCAGAGGAGACGACGCAGAGGACGACGCAGGAUUCGGUGAGGGAUCAGAUCCGGCAAGUCGUAACAGAUCUGGAGGAAGUGUUGGGGGGUUUGAAGCAAGUUCACGUGGAGAUGAAAGAGGUGGUCGAGCAGAUUGAUCGUCUCACGGCCAACAUCGACCUCGGCGAGAGGGCCCCGCGCAUCACUCAGGGGUCGACCAGUAACAACCAGACUCAUGCAGGAGACUUCAGGAUAGCCCCUCUCUCUGGAAACAAACCCGGAUCGGUUCAGGCACCGCAACAGGUUGACGAGGACCGCCUCAUCCUCAGAACCAACUCCGUCUCCCCCGUCCACGUGGCUUCUGUCGUCAAAACCAGCCGCUUCACCCCGCCCAGUCUCAACAAAGAUGACAACCACAAAAAACCAAGUGUGAACGGCCACCCGCCUCAUCUGCACCCCGCAGGAGAGUCUAAUCACGCCAGUCAAGUAAAUUCAGAACACCCCCCACAAACUUUGGACCCUAAAGUCAUCAUUGGGAACAGCACUUCCAAUCCUAGAACUCAAAAGCCUCCACCCUACCCCCAAAACGGGCAGUGUGGGAAGGGCCAGUACCCACCGUCCAAACCAGUGAGGACCCCUGCCUACCCUGUGAGAGGACGCCACAGCACCAGCAUGGUGUGAAGGAGGGGGGAGGUGGUGUUUAACCCAUUGAAACACAAGGCCCUGCUGCAGAGAGGAGCUCCGAUUGGGACCAGGCAGGGGAACAACUCGCAGAGCUGAUGAUGCCACUGAGACAAACUGUCAGCAGGUGGAAACAGCGCGGCCUGAAGAUGGGGAUGUUUCCAAAGGGACAACUCCACCAAGGGUUGACCUGCCUCUGCUCCUCACAGGAACACAAGAGGAGAAUCGACUUGAGAAAUUAAACUGGAGACGUCUAAAAUAAUAUACUUUAAGUUAUUACUCAACUGUCAACUCAAAGAUGUAUUUUCAUGACAAAGUUUAUUUAUUUUUCCUAUUUUCAUUCCAAGAUAUAUCUAUUUUU